UGUAGAGUCACACUGAUUUUUUGUCUAUCAUUAUAAGUUCACUUGGCUUUCAAUUUAUUUUGUUUUCCGAGAGAAAUACAUUUAACGAAAAUAUUGUAAGAAUGGCCGCUCGCGGCGAUAUUAUUGCACAAUUCAUUGAGAUAACUGGCACCGAUGAAAAUACUGCGAAAUUCUACUUAACCAGUUGCGAAUGGGAUAUUGAGCAAGCACUUGGCAACUACUGGACUACACAGUCUGAUAUGCCAUCAACAGAUGCAGCUGUUGUCGGCCAAUCAGGCAAUCCGACACCGGCGCCAACAACAACAACUUCUAGCGGAGCCGGCGCCGCUGCUACAAAGGCAGCAACAGCGUCUGCAACAACGAAGACAGCGUCUAGUGAUGUUCCACCAAAGGGAACGACUGCUAAACCAAAGUUUGCCACGCUCAGUGACAUGUCGAAGCAGUCGAGCAGUGAUGAAGAGCAUCAGGCUUUCUAUGCCGGCGGCUCGGAUCGUUCGGGACAGCAAGUGCUGGGGCCGGCGAAGCGAAAGAAUUUCCGUGAACAACUCACCGACAUGAUGCGCUCGGCCCAAGAGCAGAAUAUAGCUGAAGUUGGCGUCGGACCGUCCACAAGUGGAACAGCCAGUGCCGGUGGCAAUGUUUGGGGCCAAGGUAUGCGUCUGGGCAUGACUGACAACGAUCAUACAGCUGUGGGGGCAAGUCGCAGUGCACAGCCCGCUGAAAAUAAACCUGUAGUGGUAUUGAAACUAUGGAGCCAAGGAUUCUCAAUCGAUGGCGGCGAGUUGCGUCACUAUGAUGAUCCGCAGAACAAGGAAUUCCUGGAGACAGUGAUGCGAGGAGAAAUUCCACAAGAGCUGUUGGAAAUGGGACGCAUGGUGAACGUUGAUGUUGAAGAUCAUCGACAUGAGGAUUUCAAGCGUCAGGCAGUGCCACAAACUUUCAAAGGAUCGGGCCAAACUUUGGGCAGUCCCGUUGGCAAUAUUGUUACGAAUAAAGAUCCAGUAGCAGCUGCUGCGACUCCCGGCGAAGUUGCUAACCAGGAGGCAAGCGCACGUGACGAGCUAAAUGUGAAUGCCGAGGCUCCGUUGACAACGUUGCAAAUUCGACUUGCCGACGGAUCACGUUUGGCAGCUCAAUUCAAUUUGUCACACACUGUUUCAGACAUUCGCCGCUUCAUACAAACUGCUCGUCCGCAGUACUCUAAUAGCAACUUUGUGCUGGUUUCAUCGUUUCCUACACGCGAGCUGAGCGAUGACGACUCAACAAUUGAGAAGGCUGGCCUUAAGAAUGCUGCGCUUAUGCAGCGCCUUAAAUAAUUAAGCGAUGCAACUGAAGCGUUCCCAAAAACAAAUAAGAUGGAAGAAGACCCAUUAACACUACAAAAUAAAUAAUCAUAAUGAUAAUAUUGGAUAUGGUACACUCAACAGGCAAUACACAAAUACAAACAACUACAACAUUCGAAAUUACCUUGUAUUGCACACAUUCGAAACGUUUUAUAAUUGUCUAUUUAUUAUUGUACAAUAUAAAAUUGAAUCGUAA